UUAAAAUCAGCUACAUUCUUUAUUUGAUUAUGAAUGGAAGGAAACAGUGUUUCUUUUUUUUCUGCAGAAUCGAAGCACUUGUUAGCAGGUUACUUUACAAGCCACUAGUCCGUUUGCUGCAUGUAUUGUAUCUUAACGUGUUUUUCGCUACCUCCUUUCAAUGUUUAAUAUAGGCCUAGUUAAUAUGAAAAUGACAGAGGGCUGUAUAAUUUCCGUGACAUUUAACGCGUCCAGCUGGAGAGGGUCCAACUGCUGGCACUGCGGGGACAACGUUGAGACUUUCUUUGCGACAGGGACACGAGGACUUCAUUUUCCAAAAGAACAAAAGAAGAAAAAAAAAAAGACUUCAAAUGACCCCCCUUUAUCUCUGCUGUUGCGUCUGCUGUAGGUUAGUCCAGAACGCGUCACAAAGAGUGUUUAUGGGGAAUGAUCACAUUUUCUGAAGUUGCUUCCUACAAAAUGACGAAAUACAUUUGGUUGCCUUAUGUCUCUGGAUCUUUUAAAAAAGAUGGCUACAUCAAUUCAUCAGAUAUUUAUUCAAAUUUCUACGAUUUUCCAAAUCAUUCUUCGUUUUGGAAUUUUACUCUAGAUGAAGGAAUAUAUGAUAACGGGACCAAAUAUGAAACCGAAUCACAGAACCCUACAGUAAAGGCUUUGCUUAUUGUGGCUUAUUCUGUUAUUAUCGUCAUUUCACUGUUUGGAAACAUUUUGGUCUGUCACGUUGUUUUGAAAAAUAAGCGGAUGCAUUCUGUAACAAGUUUGUUCAUUGUGAAUUUGGCAAUUGCUGACAUAAUGAUCACCCUUCUGAACACCCCUUUUACUCUGGUAAGGUUUGUCAACAGUACGUGGGUUUUUGGGAAACUGAUGUGCCAUGUCAGUCGCUUCGCACAGUACUGUUCAGUUCAUGUGUCAGUGCUGACCCUCGCAGCCAUCGCAAUUGAUCGUCAUCAAGUCAUCAUGCACCCCCUGAAACGGAGGAUGUCUAUGUUGAGUGGAUUUAUCUGUAUCGCCGUGAUCUGGGUAACAGCCUCGUGUUUCUCGUUACCGCAUGCAAUCUAUCAGAAGCUCUUCCGCUUUGAAUUCGGUUACAAAAAGGUUAGAAUGGUGUGUCUGCACAGCUUCCCUCAGCCUGCCGAUUUGUUCUGGAAGUACUUGGAUCUGGCCACGUUUGCACUUCUGUAUGUUCUGCCAUUGACAAUAAUCUCUGCGGCCUACAUCGUUGUGGCUAAGAAGCUGUGGAUGAGGAACACAAUAGGAGACGUGACCAUGGAGCAGUACUUUGCCCAGCGGCGCAAGAAGAAGACCACCUUAAAGAUGCUGAUGCUGGUGGUGGUGGUCUUUGCAGUCUGCUGGUUCCCUCUUAACUGCUAUGUGAUUCUGGUUUCCAGCAAAGCCAUUGUCACCAACAACGCCCUGUACUUCACUUUCCACUGGUUCGCCAUGAGCAGCACUUGCUACAACCCCUUCAUUUACUGCUGGCUGAAUGACAGCUUCCGCUCGGAGCUCAGGUCCCUGCUCUGCAUGUGUCGAGGGUUGCAGCACGUCCAUACCCAGGCUAUGCCCAGUGCCUCCCCACCUUUUCGGAAUGCAUGGGUGGAGAGUGUAAGUGCUGAAAACCAAACGCUGCAGCACGGAAUCAAGUCUACCCUUAGCUCAGGGAAAACAGACAUCUUCAUUGUGGAGCCAAUCGUAGCUGUUUCCUAGAGACAGAGCAGUCCGAGGGGACCUUAACAGUUGUGUCGACGGUCAGCAGUUCCAUUGAAUUCACCCUGGAGUGUGUUCUCAACCUGCAAGUUGUUGUAAAAAAUGUACAUUUGUUCUUCUCUCCAUUUUGUUAUAUGAGGUGAUAUUUACAUUUUGUUGUAUUUCACAAAGUUAUUUAAUUGCUUUCUCAGACAUGAACAUGUGUAUGUUUUAUUUAAAGAAAGAGUUAGCCUCUUUAUUUUAACUGAAUUUGUAACAAUUCAGUCACUGAAUUCAUAUCGCAGUUAUCAUCUGUCUGGACAUUUACAUGCCACUUAAUGUCCAGUCAUUAUUGUUUUUGAACUACUGAUUGUAAAAAGGGGAUAAAAACACAUGCAUCAUCUGCAUCCCUCCUUUGCUUUCCAGUGCAACAUUUUGUUGAUUCUAAACAGCUGUACUGUACAAGUUUACCGUAUAUAUCCCCAUCUGUUUGCCUUCCAAAGCUGUUGCCGUAUUACAUUCCACAUAGGUAUAUUAUUAACCUGUCAGUUUUUCAUAAAUAACUGUUUACAUUUUAAUUUUAAAACUUUCAGAAUAUAUAUUUGUUUUUCUGGUCUUGAUAAAUACAAAUCGUUUACAAUAUGGCAGCAGCAGGAAUCAUGUAGCCGGUGAUUAUUAUUUUGCUGACUUAAGUAGGUAGGUAGUCAUCGUGCAAUUGUAGCAAAACCUUUUUUAAUUUCAAAAUGAUUUCAUUUUUCAUAAACUGCAAUUACCUGUCAUCAGGUACCACAUAAUAAAGGCAGAAUGAGGUGAAGUACCACUGUGAGGACAUUUCAAAUAAUGAAAUGAACCAGGGUUGAAAAGCACAAGUUGAAAGAAAUGAUUGGCCACAUACAAUUUACAUGUUACAAAAAAUAAAAACAUGUAAAAACCACACCAACCACAAACUCAAUUAUAGUACUGUAUGUGUAGCUGGAGGACACAGGGAAGAAGACAGUUCAAUUGUCCGAUGCACUGAUGUUGAUUAAAGCUUUGAAUAUAAGUAUUAGUGAACCUUAUGCUUUUGGAGCAUCACCAUAGCUGCAUUUCUGCAGUACGAAGUGAAAAGUCUUUAACAUUCACCAACAUGGUAAUUGGCUGUGACCGAAGAGCUUAGCAAAGAAUCGGAGCAAUGGCAGAGCUAGGCAUUAAUAUAUCAAUAAUAUUAUACACCACACACAUAGUCACCAUGUGUAUGCUGUAGAAUGUGUGAAUUACAUCUGACAGUGAACCGUAGCCAAAAUGCUCUAAUUGAAAUGGUAGUGAAUGAGAUAAUAUACAUCAGAGUCAAACAUACUUAGGGCAGACCUGGUGCACCACAACCAUAGCUGUGUGCUUCUGGUAUAUUCUUUGGCAUUCUGUACAGCAUAGCACAAAAAAGUUUAUGCAUAUUAUUUGUUCUAAAAGUAUUAUUGUGGAGAACAGCAGAUAUUUCACUAAACAACUAAAAGAUUUCAGCAGAAACUAAAAUACUGAAUGCUGAAGCCUUUUCAUUUUCAUAUUCUGACAAUAAAGCAUAAAACUUAAACUUAAAAUGACAUUUUGCCAUUUAAUUUUGUGGAGAAGGUGAUUUUGAAAAUACUCUAUAGAAUCGUUGUGCAAAUGAGGUAGAAGUGAAUGUAAUUAUGAAGCUGCAUUAAACUGUUUAUAAAGGCAUUCUUGUCAACCAGUUAGAUUUUAAAAAAUGUUUUUGUUCUCCAUGCUUGGUACUACGGUUUGGAAUAUUUAAAGACAAAAACACAUCAUUAAAAUAGCUGAUUCUCA